AUGGCAGAAUACAAAGGUGCUUCUUCCGAAGGUCAACGUCAAGCGAUGCUGGAGAAACAGCGCGCCAAGAUGUUGAGCGAAUUCGAAAAGCAAAGAGAAAAGAUUACAAAGGACAAUCAAGUCAAUGUCACUUCAAGCAAGUUUGUCACGCAGAAUGCAGAUGUAGAGGGUUUUUUAAAGAAAGAAACGGUUGGGCUGUACAGAUUGGAAGACUUUCAAAAGAUCAGGAUGGAAAUUGAAGUGCAGAAAGAGAGGGAAGCGGCAAGGACUUCCGAACUAAAUAGGACUGACAAGCUCAAAAAGUCUAAAAAGAAGAAGAAGCCUGAAGUCAAACUAUCAUUCGAUAUAGAUGGUGAAGAAGAAAUUAGUGCGGGUAGUAAAAAUGGCCAAACUGGUGAAAAGCGAAGUGGUGAUUCGAUGGAAUCUGUGCCCAAGAAGUCUAAAAUAG